CAGCGGCUCGAGGAACUAUGGUUACUUUGUACUGUGUCGUCGUUGGUGUGGCUGGGAGCGCGUUCCCUGUGGACAUUGACGAGAACAAGUCUGUGGGGCACUUGAAGGACGCGAUCAAGGAGAAGAACGCAUCGACGAUCACAUGCGACGCCAAGAACCUGCAGCUCUUCCUGGCGAAAAAGGACGAGGGUCGCGGUCCGUGGCUGACUGAAGAAGAAGUGAAAAAGGAUGUGAUUGCUACGACUAGUCUGAAGCUGCUGGGAGCGGCGCGAGCGAGGCUACGACGUGUGGGGUUGUCGGAUGUGAAUGUCGGUGGAGUGGAUGAAGACGAUGAAGUAGAAGGGAGGGGCCCUGUGAACGUGCUGGUGGUGGUUCCGGAGGGAGGGAAACGCCAUCCGUCGAAUGGGUGGUUUGCCGAGUUCUUCCACCCACUGAAGAAGCGCAGAGUGGGCGACGACGUGAACAAGGAGAAGAGAUUCUUCAAUAUGAAAGACUUCCCUUCGCUGCUGGAGCAUCCAAAGGCGGAAUUCAAAACGAUCUUGGAGAGAGAUGCGUAUGUUGUGAUCUUUGCCCAGUUGGUGCAGUACGCGAAAUCUUGCUUUGAGUUCGUUCCUACUAGUGCGAGCGAGCCACACGAAAAAAGUAAACCAGGCAAGGAUUCCAACGUGGUUGUCACGGGGAAUCCGGGGAUUGGGAAGAGUCGGUUCUUCCUGUAUUGCAUCUUUCAACUCAUACUACGUGAGCGAGAGGAUGUCAAGCGGCUCCCCCCGUACGAGUUGGUGGUGAACCAUAAGAAGAAAUAUCUCAAAUACGACGCAGCAAGCACGGAAUUUGUCGAGUUGAACAAAACAGAUGUUCGUGCGCUCGAGGGCAAACCCUAUGUGAUUCGACUUGUCGAGGCAACAUCAUCGGAACUUACAGGCUGGAGAGGAGUUUCGAUUUUGUUUGCUUCUCCGGGUGUCGACGGCAUUGAUAAUUUCUCAAAAGUGGACGGGCUAACGUUUAUCAUGCCGACGUGGACCUUGGAGGAGCUAGAAGAUUACAACUCGUUGCUUCCAGCUGAAUUGAAACUUGCUGAAGGCGAGUUGUUAUCGCGGUACGAUGGGUUUGGUGGAAUUCCUCGUUUCGUCUUCUCGCAGGCAAUGGGUCGAACUGAGGCUAAAAUAAAGUCAGCGAUCGCCUCAUUCAGUGCACUGGACGUUAUCUCCUAUUGCCGAAAAAACGAUGCUGUGAGGGAAAAGGACUAUAGUCACUGCGUCCUUGAAAUGGUUCCCACCCAAGCUGAUUUUCUUGCGAACUUUUAUUUGGAUUUUGUGUCCAUGCACAUCGCUGAGGCGGUUAUUGACAAAGUGCACGGGGAUAGCCUAGCUAGAGUAUCGGAGUUCGCUGUGGUCCACGAUGUUGACGAGUCGGGAAGUACGGCUGUCAUACGCGGCAAGGUGUACGAGCUGCUCUGCCACAAGUGGUUUAGCGUGCACAUGCAGAGAACGCUACACUUCCGCUCGCUGUGCUCAGCGACUCUAGAUGCUGUGACCAUUCCGAAAGAGAUGGAAACAGUACGCUUUGCUGCUCUUGACAAACUAAAACUAGCUAAGAGCUGGACGUACUACCGGCCAACAUCAAAAUCGUUUGGAGCGCUGGAUGCAUUCAUCUGGGAUGGACACAGCAAAUGUUACGGGUUACAGAUGACCCUGAACGCGGCCCAUGGAAUCAAAGCUGCGCCAUUGAACAAACUUCUUAAAUGGUUACAGAAAGCUGACGUGGACACGGACCACUUCUACUUUACAUUCGUGGUUCCAAGUAAAAUUGCUACUUCGUAUCGGAAGCAAUUAACGACGACGGCGACUGGUGCUGCCAGCAAAGCUCCUGGAGCUUCUGCGAAUGUGGGUCAGUUUGUAGCAGCUCUGGACGUGGACGGUGGGGACAACUGAAUGUUUGUUGCACACUUUUGGCUUGGAGAGGACUAGUGCCUAAGUCAUGCCCGUCAUGAAGGCAGUCCCCGCCUAAAUUAGCCAUAAGACAAUGACCACUUGAUAAAUUGUU